AUGGCUCCACCUCCCAUUCAACGGCUGACUCCAAACCCGCGACCAUUCAGUUUCACCGGAGUCGACUACUUCGGCCCGUUAAUGGUCACCGUCGGCCGUCGCACAGAGAAGCGUUGGGUAUCAUUGUUCACCUGUUUGACAACUAGAGCAAUACACUUAGAGGUGGUGCACAACAUGUCCACCCAACGUUGUGUGAUAGCAAUUCGCCGCUUUGCCUGCCGGCGCGGAAUGCCGGAUGAGUUUUUCUCCGAUAAUGGAACAAACUUCAUUGGUGCAUGUGAAAAAGUUACCCAGCAAAUAAGCGUAGACUGCAGUGACACCUUUACUAACGCUAGAACAAAAUGGAACUUCAAUCCACCAUUGGCACCGCAUAUGGGAGGAGCCAGGGAAAGGUUCGUUCGUUCCGUGAAGGAGGCAAUGAAAGUAUUUGACGAUGGGCGGACGUUGACAGACGAAGUUUUACUGACAACGUUAGCUGAGGCAGAAGAUAUGAUAAAAUGCCGUCCGCUAACGUAUGUUCCACAAGAGUCGGCCGAGGAUGAGUCGCUAACGCCCAACCAUUUCAUUCGUGGACACAUGUGCACGAGUGUUUUAAUAACAACCUAUGAGGUCACUAGUUCAACGUUUAACGCAACAAAUGAUUCCGUUGUGUAUAGGCAGAAUGCCACUAACACUGAAAUGACGUUGUCGAGGGGAAAGAGGUUUUUGCUAUUCCCAAGAAAUGCUUUAUUACUUGUUACGAUUGCGGCAGCAAAAAUUCUUAUGUUUCGUUAUCCAGCGGCGUCUUAUGGUCUUAUAGAGUGGGAUUUGUUAUACCCUCUUCCAGAUUAUACAAACCGCAUUACGCAAUUCCAAUUCGGCGAAAUAUUUACAAAGCCAAAUGGACCGGUGUUACUUCCCCCAACGCCUCCACAGCCAACAACGACAUCAGCGCCACCCCCAUCCGCAGUUCCACUGGAACAUUCCCACCAUGAACACCACCACGGGCAUGAAGUAUCGGAAAUGGAGCUACAAUCGUAUCUCAAAGAUCAUCCAGAAACGUGGGUACCUCCGGGAUACGGCAAAGAUAGAUCGGACUGGAUCGCACCGAACUCCUACAAUCCAUAUCAGAAACAUCGCAUUAGCCCUAUUAAUGAUUCAUACAAACGACGCGACCAGACCAAUUUCAAUCGCAUGGGGAGAGAUGCGGAUGAUUCAAGUGAUAACAAUUUUUUAGAAGAGGAAGAUAGGCACAACAUCAGCCAACAUCGCGAUUGGGAAAGUUUUUAUCAUUACCGCGAAAGGCGAGAUUUGUAUCAUGCCAUGGAACAUGCUUUAGGGAAAAGCCACCGGUUGCAGAUAAAAACAUGCGUUUUGCGAGCCAUAUGUGAAGCACGAAAUCUACUCCGUCCAAAGAAAAAGUCCAUGAUUGUGGAAAUGGCCAGGCUUAUGUUCAGUGUUCCAUUAAAAGAUGACCUUCAAGAUGACUACAGUGAAGCGAUGAGACAUGACAAUUUGGAUUGUACAGCUGUUUAUGGCGACAAAUGCGCCGUGAGUAUUUUGUCAAUGCUUCUGUUCGGAAAGUUUGAACCUUCGUUCGAAUAA